UAUAAUGUGUUUGUUUUCAGGUGGAAUGCGGUCCUUUAACAGUCUUUGCUUUGUGAGUCUGAUCAUUCAUGUGAUCUUAGUGGCCCAGCAGUCAUAUGUUCACGCCCAUGAGCAUCAUGGGCACACCCAUGACCACCAUCAGCAUGGACACAUACAUGGGGAUGGUGGUUGCCAUGGUCACUCGCAUGGUGGGGUGAAGAUGCACCAAGGGGCAAGCAAAUGGAGUGCUGAGGCUAAUCUGCCGUCUACUGAAGAGGAGCAUCAUGGCCACGAUCACGGCGACUCCCACGGCCACUCCCACGAUCACGGCCACACCCACGAUCACGGCCACUCCCACGAUCACGGCCACUCCCACGAUCAAGCCCACGAUCAUGCAACAGAGCGAGUGGAAAUAGAAUUGGAGGAAGGAAAACGAAACCUGGUGGAACUCUGGAUGCAGGCGGUUGGAGCGACUCUGCUGAUCAGCGCUGCACCCUUCCUCAUCCUCUUCCUCAUCCCAGUGCAGUCAAACUCCGACCAGCACCAGAAUCUGCUUAAAGUGCUCUUGAGUUUUGCAUCUGGAGGUUUGCUGGGUGAUGCCUUCCUUCAUCUCAUUCCUCACGCUCUGGAACCUCAUUCACACCACGGCCAAUCACACGACUCUGAGGAGUCACAUGGUCACUCCCAUGGAGCAGCUCACGGUCACAUGAUGUCUGUGGGGUUGUGGGUAUUGGGUGGCAUUGUUGCAUUUCUUGUGGUCGAGAAAUUUGUUCGUCUUUUGAAGGGAGGACAUUCUCACUCUCAUGCUGCUCAUAAGGCAAAUGAAAGUGAUGGAGAAGAGAAGAAGACAGAAAAGAAGAAGACUGACUCUAAAUCGAAGACCGAGAAGACUUCUGAUAUUAAAGUGUCUGGCUAUCUCAACCUUGCCGCUGACUUUACGCACAACUUUACGGACGGUCUUGCAAUCGGAGCGUCGUUCCUGGUCAGCCCGGCGGUUGGUGCCGUGACCACCAUCACCAUCCUUCUACACGAAGUGCCGCACGAGAUCGGAGACUUUGCUAUCCUCGUCCAGUCGGGCUGCACCAAGAGGAAGGCCAUGUGUCUGCAGCUUCUCACUGCUAUUGGAGCAUUAGCCGGAACAGCCUGUUCCUUAUUGGCCGAAGGGAUAGGUGCAGCAGCCACCGCCUGGAUCCUCCCCUUCACGGCCGGAGGCUUCGUUUACAUCGCCACCGUCACCGUUCUGCCCGAGCUGUUGGUGGGACGCUCUAGUUUCUGUCAGUCCAUGUUAGAGAUCCUGGCCCUUCUGUUUGGAGUGGGAAUGAUGGUCCUCAUCGCAGAGUAUGAGUGAAGGAGCUAGACAGACCGGUGGCCUGUGAUCCUUGAAACAAUAAAGACAGUAAAGUAGAAGAACCUUUUCUAAGGAAUGUUACAGAUGAGCAAAGAGAUAAACCUCUGUGACUGAAAGAACGAGUGAAAAUUGACAUUGUACCCAAAGACCAAGACAAAUGGACCGCUUAGUCAUUUUAGAGGAACAAAGCAGAGUUCCUGGGGACCAACGGCUGGAAAAUCAGCUCCAGACAUUUCUGCUGGUGAUGUCAGAGAAUUCUGGGACUGUUCUCUCCAGCAAUCACCGUUUCAUUCCCAUGAUGCAUUAUUGCUUUUUUGUAGUUGUGUGGAGCGUUCUUGAUCAUCAGUUGACUGCGAUUGAACGUAUGAAGUCAUUUGACUGUUGACAGGGUGACGUGAAGCGGCCGAUGAACUGUGGCUGGACACCACUGAUAUUUCAUUCCUUCUGCUGAAAAUGUGUGUUAGUUCUUGUCAGUACUGAAACAGCUGUUGGGAAUGACUACAUCAAUACAUUUGACGGAGGAGUCUGUAUCUUCGUUCAGUUUUUCUUGUGUGUCUCUAUUUGAUCGCUAUAACACACACACUUCACCUUCUACAUUCACAUUAUUAGCAAACAUGCUCUUAGUUUAGUUUCUGAUACAUAUUUCUUAAAAAAAUAUAUUUUGCUUCAGUUUGUCUGAAGCCUUAUUCACAAUUUGUUUUUGUAAAUGUUACCUGAAUGUGUGUAUAACAAUAAUUCCCUUUAAUGAAAAUGCUUUAUAUCUCAGGUGCAGAACAUUCAUUUGUAAACUUUUCGUGAAGCAUUUGCUUUAAAAAUAAAAUUUGAGUAGAAACAACCUUCUGUCAAUCUGUCUACUAAAAGUCUAACUGUCUAAAGUCUUUUCUAUGUGAUUUACUGUUUUCUAUAUAAAAAUUAAUGAUUGUGGGAUUUACAGGCCUGUUUUUUUCUUAUCUUAAUCAAUCACACACAAUGUAUACAUCUGUUUACCAUGCUGUUAAUAUCCUAAAAAUGAGAACGUUUUUUUUUCUUUCUAGUUACACUGAAUGUUGGCGUGGUGGGUUGAUUGUUGGUUUGAAUGUAGCAAAUACAAGAAAGAUGAGAAAGGUCCAAAUUCAAGGCAUUGUCGUGUGAGCUUAUGCAAAAUAUUAACGCUUGAUCGUCCUGGUUGUGUACACCAGCAUUAUAAAGCCACUUCACAGGUUUUCACUGUUUUCUUGUGAGCUCUGUGAGCAGUGGUGGAGCCAGAGGGGAGCCCUGAAGGUGGCACUUAACACCCCUGACAUCCAAUUGGCCACCCCAAAAUUUGAUUCGCAACUUAUGUUGAUUGACAUCUGAUUUCACCUUUCGUUGAACAACGCUUUUAUUUUGACGUUCGGGGCCCAUGCAUGAAAUUCAAGCGAGUCUAGUUGAGAAUGUAAAAAGUUGUGCGGUGGAUUGUACAGCGCGAAAUCUGAGAUUUCUUUUUAAAGACUGACGAAAGAGAGAAAAGAAGCAAAUGGACCGCUGCAAUUUGCUAAACAAAUGGAAUAUUCAAAAGGACCCGCUUGCUUGCUAGCCAUUUCAAGUCCGACCCAGCCAGGUACGUUUUUUUUCAUUAUAGUGUUAUCUGCCUACUUUCUAACGUUACACUUUUAAAUGUUGCGUAAAUGUAAAGUUUUCCCAGCAUUUUCUAACCUUAGAUAAAUAUAAACAGUGUUGGGAGAGAUCCUCUAUUUCUUUUAACAUUCUAAGCAGGUGUACUUCAUACAAACUUUAGAAGGAAGAAAUAAGUUUCCCUCUUUAGCCUUGGCUUUAGGAUUCCUAAUCAGCUUCUCAUUGUGUAAGUUUAUGUUAGGCUCCAUUAACAGAUAGUAAAUCGGUUCCCAACAUAACAUACAUUGUUUACAUCAGGGUCGGAAAUUAACAGAGGCUUUGGAAAAAAUGACAACAAGGUGACCAAAUCUGCUCUCCAAGUUCAAGACAAAAGAGGAAAAAUAGUCCACGCAAAAUAAAAAAUUAGCCAUGACAGUCGCAAUCUAAAUAAGAUUUAGGUGAAAAUGAACGAAUGUGGAUGACCGCUUCUUUGCUCUGCUACAGCUUUGAGCAUUACAGCCAAUCAAGUUCAGGGUAUGAAUAUUCUGACCAAUCAGAGGCGUUUAAAUGAUUCACAGGUGAAGAAGAGCUGAAGUGCGUCACGCUCAAAAAGUUUAUCACUAACAACCGCGUACAGACACGAUGUAAGAAAGAGAUUCAUUAGUCAGACUCUUUACUGUAUUACCUGAAGCCAUUGAGUGUUUUAGUGAUGUUGGAUGUUCUUUGUUUGUUUUCUAUAUUUCCCGUUUGAAUAACUGCUUUUUAUGUUCCUUAAAGAAUCAAAAAGCAAUACAAUAAUUCAUAAACGCUUCUUGGCUUGUUUUGUAGCGUGUAAUGCAUGUGACAAGUGUUCAUGUAUCCUAAUAUCUGAAAGUAAUAAUCUAGAUGACAACAUCAAGGGCAAUAAUCAGCAUCAAUGAUUUUGUUUUAAUCUUGCAGUCCUAUUGUUAAGAUUUAAUUUCCGCAUAAAUAAAUACAAGCCCACAAAAUAAAGAAUUGUGAAGUUGUUAAGCUCACUAUACAUUGCUGGCUAUUGUUGAUGAUUUUAUAGCCAAAAUAUCCCUUAUAUGUAUAAACUUAUUCUACCAUUAUGUAUUUGAAUUAUCCUAUGCGAUGUAGUUUUCUAUGCCUGCAUGUAUGGAGGAUGGGAGAGGGUCUGCAGCUGACAUGAUUGAGUCUGCCGCUCACAUGAUUAUAAUCAUAUGUUGAAAGUCGAACAGGAUGCUAUAGAAUAGGCCUCCUGUUCCGACAUGUGUUUGUGACCAAAUUGGGCUGUAAGAGAAUAGACCCUUUCUUCCUACGGUAAUUAAUAAUAGUGGCAUGUAUAGUAGGAGGGUAGGAGGACGGGAUUCCUUCUAAGCUAAACAUUCUUUGUCGGACCUGCUGUACUUUAUUUGGUCAUUCUGUGAACCCCUGGACAUAUGAAACCUGUCAGAUGUCUUUUGGCACCGUAUAUAAGGACUUGUAGUUUCUAAAAUAAAUGAGUU